GGCUUCUUAUUAAAAAUCUCAAUCCCACACCCUUCAUUCUCAUUUUAUACAGACUUCUAGAAAAGAAAAAGAGAGAUUCUUUCCUUUCUGGGUAACAAGCAAGAACCAGAAGAGAGAAGAUGUUGGAAGGAAAAGCUUUGGUUGAAGAUACAGACAUGCCAGGGAAGAUGCAGAUUCAAGCCAUGGCUUGUGCUUCUCAAGCUCUGGAUCUUUAUGAUGUUCUGGACUGCAAAUCCAUUGCUGCUCACAUCAAGAAGGAGUUUGACAAGGCAUAUGGAGGUGGGUGGCAAUGUGUAGUGGGCUCACACUUCAGUUGUUUCUUCACUCAUACCAAAGGAACUUUCAUCUACUUCACCUUGGAGACUCUCAACUUCCUCAUCUUCAAAGGGUCUUCUUCUCCCCCAACCUCUCCUUGAUCUGCUGCCAAUACAAACUCCCAAGUGCACACUGGUUGGCAGCUCAUUGUAAUCACCUGUAAUUUAGACUCCAUGUGAGUCCGAUCUGGUUGGCCUUGCCCAGACUAGAUUCAUGUAAUAGAUGAUGUCUAAUUACUGCUAGCUAGGUAAAUAGUCUGUGGUCUGUUUUUGUUCUCUCUAAUCCAUAGCUGAAGAUGCUUCUGAGGGUGGGUAUUUGAACUUUGAAUGGACUACAGCCCUGCAAGCCAUAACACUUCCUGUGCAA